GUGCCCUCCAUAAGCCUUCAUCUCCCUUCUUUUUCCUCAUCAACUCUCUUUAAUGGUUUCCUUCACUCCAUGGCACUAGCCCAACCUGCAGCUCCAUCUGAGGCUAAAGUUCUAACAAUUUCCAUCAAUGAUGUAGAGAGACAGAUGAGGGAAGAGCCCAAGGAGGAGUUCGACUACUCCCAAAGGUCACAAUGGCUUCGAGCUGCUGUUCUUGGAGCCAAUGAUGGGUUGGUCUCCACUGCAUCGUUGAUGAUGGGAGUAGGAGCUGUUAGACAAGACAUCAAGGCCAUGAUCAUCACUGGGUUCGCAGGGCUCGUCGCCGGUGCCUGUAGUAUGGCGAUCGGAGAGUUCGUGUCUGUUUACUCCCAGCUUGACAUUGAGAUGGCUAAGGUCAAGAGGGAGAGACAAAGCGUAGGUGCAAGAGAGAGCAUGAGUACUGAGGAGAAUGAGAAUCUGCCGAACCCGAUCCAGGCGGCGACGGCAUCGGCGCUUGCCUUCUCCAUUGGAGCCAUGAUGCCCCUGCUAUCAGCUUCAUUCGUAAGGGAUCAUAAGGUGAGGUUGGGGAUGGUAGCAGGAGUGUCAAGCUUUGCUUUGUUGAUGUUUGGAGGGGUAGGAGCUGUGUUGGGGAGGGCUCCUGUGGGAAGGUCUUGUGUUAGGGUAUUGAUUGGUGGGUGGCUAGCCAUGGCUAUAACCUUUGGCCUCACCAAGUUGAUUGGUUCAAGUGGACUAUAAGAAUUGAAUGGAGAAUAUAUGUGUGUUGUAGACUUGUAGUAGUUGUUCGUCUCUUUUUAUUUUGUUACUUUACUUUUCUGUUGUGGAGAUUGGAGAGUGAGUGCAUAGCAUACUUAUCACCAUGUAAGAGGAAGGAAAAAGCUCCAUUCUGUGGCUAUGGAAAGGCAAAAGUAUGAUGAUUUGCUUGCUUUUAUGUGAA